AUAGAUAGCGAGGUAAAAACAAGUCAGUUGUGCUCGAAAAGAGGUGAGUAAUAGUGGAAGUAUUGGAAAAAAGUUUCUUAUCAUUAAUCAAAGUGACAGUGAAGCUGUAUUGAAAAAAAAUAUUCAGGUGUGGUAACAAUGUUCAAACUUCUCGUAUUGGCCCUCACCAUUGCCUCCACAAUGGCUACAGUGGAGAAAGCCGUGGUGUGUCUCAAAUCGGGCGACAUCGACGGCAAAAUCACCUUCACCCAAACCCCCACCGAGGUGAAAAUCGAGGGGGUCAUCACCGGGCUCCCCAAAGGCAAGCACGGCUUCCACAUCCACGAGAAGGGGGCCCUCGGCGACGGCUGCAAGGCCGCCGGGGGACACUUCAAUCCGGACAAAAAGGAUCAUGGGGCUCCUGAGGACGCUGUUCGCCAUGUCGGCGAUCUUGGGAACAUCAUCGCUGAUGAGAAAAAAGUGGCCAAUGUCAGUUUUACUGACAAAAUUAUUUCUUUGAAUGGUGAUUAUAGUAUCAUCGGGAGGGCUCUUGUGGUCCAUGAGGGGGAGGACGAUUUGGGGAAAGGGGGCUUCGAUGACUCCAAGACCACAGGACAUGCCGGGAGCAGACUCGUCUGUGGUGUCGUCGGAAUUGCAGAUGGGACUGAGGCUUGCCCCGAAGGAGAAGGAAAAGGCAACAGUGCAAUUUCUACAACCGGAAGUUAUUUCCUGUUAUUUACUGGACUGUACACUGUGUUAGUUAAUGUAAUAUUUUAAAAUUUUCAAGACAAAAUAAGUGGGACACUGAAAAAUUUUAAAUUUCUUAAUUUGUAACAUUUAAUUGUAAUAAAUUUUUAACACAG